AUGCAAGUUUGGAAUGUCAUAUACGACCCGCUCGAAUUCCCAGAUUCCCUUUAUCACAGCGCAUUGCCCCUAGUCGAUCAGACAGCACAGAGCAAGAUCACCAAGUUUCAUCGCCGCGAAGACGCUUGUCGAUCGCUCAUUGGCAAUCUCCUUCCCAGAGUCUUACUCAAGAAGCGAGGCGUGGCUGGAGAUGCCAUGACUUUUGCAGCUACCGAUACGGGGAAGCCAUAUUGUACAACUCCUGGAAUAGACCCACCCUUGGCUUUCAAUGUUACUCAUGAUGAAGGCGUCAUCGCCAUGGCCUUCGGAACGGGCGAUUUAGGACCUCCGGCAUUCAGUGUAGGAGUUGAUGUCAUGAAACUCAAAAUUCCUCCGCGGACUACUUUUACUGAAUUUGUUGACAUCGUCGACAGUCAGCUCACGGCUCGAGAGAAGAAUUUAAUUCUUGCUGACGUCACUGAGGAAGAGGCAAUUCGCAGGUUUUACUGGAUAUGGACCCUGAAAGAGGCUUACACCAAAGCUCUCGGGAUUGGCCUCGGCUUUGAUUUCAGAAGGAUAGAAUAUGAUGUUGUGGAGGAGAAAGUGACCGUUGAUGGCGAACCUGCGAGAGGAUGGCAGUUCUUGAGAUUCGAACUGCCGCAAUAUGGACUCAAUUAUGUCGGCUUUGCUGCAAAGUUCGUUGGAGGGCGGGGGACGAGCAUAUCAGAACUGAGUGAAGGGUGUCUCGUUUGCUAUGAUGCUGUAUCAUUUGUUAACCGUGCGAUCGAAGAAAUGAGCUAG